ACGUUGAACGUCGAAUUUUGGUUGGGCUUUCUGGAUGCACGCGGAGGAUGGAGAUGGACGUGGCUUCAGAUUCAGGGGAAGAAGAAAAGCUGCAUGGCGAGACGCGGUGCACGCGUUCGUCUUGACCACACUCACAUGACAUCAUCCCUUACAUAUCCUUGACUUUAUGAUGUUGUCCCCGGCCUUUUCUCCACGCUUUGUCGCCAGUUCAACUCUCACUCGAUAACCUCUACCAUCUCGCUCAUCAAAGACUACAAGGAUGCCAGUACCGCGAACUAUUCUUGAACAACUCAAGCAAAUCAUUCCCCCACUCGAUGGGACGUUGCACAAGGGACAGUCUGGUCGAGUAGGCGUACUAGGAGGCGCCAAGGACUACACUGGAGCACCGUUCUUCGCAGCCAUAUCUGCUAUGCGGCUAGGUGCCGAUCUCUCGCACGUCAUCUGUGCGCCGACUGCUGCAUCAGCAAUCAAGUCAUACUCCCCAGACCUCAUCGUGCACCCUAUCCUCCGCGAAGAUGCCCCACAUGACACCGUCAAAUCCGAGCUCGACUCCCUCUUCUCGCGCCUGCACGUCCUCGUGAUCGGCCCCGGCCUCGGGCGCGAGCCCUACAUGCAGACCUACGCGCGCCUCGCGCUCUCCCUCGCGCGCUCCAAAGCCAUGUUCCUCGUGCUGGACGCGGACGCGCUCUGGAUGGUCGGGCAGGAUCUGUCGCUGAUCAGGGGGUACCGCCGCGCGGUGCUCACGCCGAACGUCGUCGAGUUUAAGCGGCUGAAGGAGCAGCUCGGGCUCGGGGACGGGGUCGCGAGGGACAGGCAGGCGCUUGAGGUGUCGAGGCGCCUUGGCGGGGUUGUUGUGCUGCAGAAGGGCGCGAGGGAUGUUGUGGCGAUUGAUACGACGGGGGAGGAGGCGAGUUUGGAGGAGAGCAAGGUGGAUGCUGGCGAGGGGGAUAAGGAGGCGACGAGCGAGGCGAUUGAGGUGGAUGUCGAGGGCGGGUUGAAGCGUGCGGGUGGGCAGGGGGAUGUGCUGAGUGGGUCUGUUGGGGCGAUGCUUUCUUGGGCAAAGUGCUACGAAACUGGGGCGUUUGGUGACGGAUCGCUUCCUGUGUCGCGGCUACCGAUUCUUGCUUCGAUCGGUGGCAGCAUGGUGACUCGUACCAGUAGCCGACGAGCAUUCAAGCUGCAAGGCAGAGGCAUGGUGACUGCGGACUUGAUUCCUGAGAUAGGGGGCGCGUUUAGCGAGCUAUUCGGUGAAGAUGCGCAAGGUGGAGAAGGCAAAGGGAAGCUCUGAACGAGGCGCGGUA